GCGUGCCCGUUGUCUCGGAGAGAGGGAGAGAAAAAAUCGUUCGCGUCUCCGGGUUGGGUGACUUCCGUGACUGCAUGGCGUUUAUGUGCCAGCGGGACAGCUGGGUUCAGCAGUUUACCACCCAGGUGGUCUCCUGCUGCCCGGCAAAAUUAUCUACAGAAAUUAAUAAAAAGAACAUUUUGCAAGGUUACCAUGUCAUCUUGGAAGACACUAUUCUUUUCCCAGAGGGUGGAGGGCAGCCUGAUGACCGGGGAUUUAUUAAUGAUAUCCCUGUUCUCAGAGUCACCCGACAAGGUCCAGAUGCUUUACACUUUAUCCAGACACCACUUGAGCCAGGAACUAAGGUACAACUGGUGCUAGACUGGGACCGACGGUUUGACCAUAUGCAGCAGCAUUCAGGACAACAUCUCAUCACAGCACUUGCAGAUCUGAUGUUUGGAUACAAGACAACAUCAUGGGAGCUGGGUCGUCAGCGAAGCACUAUUGAAAUAGACACCUUGUCAAUGACAGUAGAUCAGGUGACAGCCCUUGAGCAGAGUGUGAAUGAAAAAAUUCGAGCUCGGGUCCCUGUGAUGGUACGAGAGUUUGCUGUGGGUGAUCCUGAAGUUGAGAUGGUAAGGAGCCGUGGCUUGCCAGAUGACCAUACUGGGCCAGUUCGGAUAAUAAGCAUUGAAGGUAUUGAUGCCAAUAUGUGUUGUGGAACACAUGUCUCCAAUCUAAGUGACCUGCAGGUCAUUAAGCUCUUGGGUACAGAAAAGGGAAAAAAGAACAAAACCAACUUAAUUUUUCUUGCUGGCAAUCGGGUGCUGAAAAGUCUGGAUCGGAGCCAUUCCAUUGAAAAGGCCAUGACAUCACUGCUUAAGAAUGGUCCCGAAGAACAUGUAGAAGCUGUGAAAAGACUGCAGAGCUCUCUGAAGCUGCUUCAGAAGAAUAAUGUGAAUUUGCUAAGAGAUUUAGCUGUUCUUACAGCGCAGAACUUCAAAAACACCACGGUUGAACAGCCAGUAUUUGUCUUACACAGGAAAGAUGGUGACUCUGAGUUCAUGAAUAUACUUGCAAAUGAAAUUGGCUCUGGGGAAACUCUUCUUUUCUUAUCUGUGGGAGAUGAAAAAGCAGCUGGGCUUUUUUUGCUGGCAGGACCUUCAGAAGCAGUGGAGAAACUGGGCCCCAGAGUUGCUGAACUACUGGAAGGAAAAGGAGCAGGGAAACAGGGGCGCUAUCAGGGCAAAGCUACAAGGAUGAGCCGACGAUCAGAAGUGGAGGCCCUUCUUCAGGAAUUCGCCAGGAAAUAGAACUCAGAACAAUGACUGGGUAUCCGGACAAUAGUGCAAUUAGGGAAGAAGCAAAGUUUCAGCCAUAAUUGUUCCUCAAGGACUAUUAGAUAAUACAAUAAUUUGUGUUUCUGUUUUUUGAGUGUGCCAGUAUCACCAGAAGAAAAUUAUCAGUGGUCUAAUGCUGCGAAGAGGAAUAUUACUAGAUAUGAAAGAGAUAAAAUAUGUAAGAGAGGUGUGGUAUGUAAAACAAGCAUGUCUGGAACCUUUAUUAUAUGUCUGUAGAAAGAAACUUCACCAUAAACCAAGCAGUUUUGGGGUAUAGAGAAGAACUGCAUUUUUCAGGGAUGUGUUAUGAUAAAUUUUCCAUAAAAUUUGUGAUGCUUCAAUAUCACAAAUUAAACAUUACAGGUGUUUGCUGAU